UUGAGCCCGCCACCUGCGCCGGUUAUCCCCAGUGCUUGCGCACCAAGCUGACAUCUGGCCCCCGCAGCCCAAGUUUGAGGUUCAUCUCAAGAUUUUCGACCUCAACAAUGUGCCACUCGUGUCAGGCGUGUCCAUGGUCAAAUGGCACCUUCCGCACAGCAUCCACGGAGAGCACAGGGGACGAACCCAGAAAUGCCCCAUUCUCAACCACCGGGUCGAGUACGGCUAUUCCAAGAUCAUCCCUGUGCGCAUUGCCAUCGACCGCAACGGCAAUCUGUCCGAGUGCCCCAUUGAGUACGAGGUGCUGCAGGAAUUCAGCGGCAGCGGCACCGCCGGGGGCAGCGGACGAGAUGAGAAGAUCACCCUGGGCACUGUCCGCCUCAACUUGAGCGAGUAUGUGGAGGAGAGCGAGGGAAUCUUGCGGGACCCCCCUACGGCUGCGGCGGUUAAGGAGGCUCUGGCCUCGCCUGGGUCGAAGUCGGGACAGCGCCCAAAGCGGAGCUCGCUGAGCAAUGUCGGCCCCGCAGGACCCGAGUCAAGUCCUCGCUCCUCCCACGACGAAGAGCGCCCGGCCUCCGAUGUCCUGGACGGCGUGGUACGCCGCUACCUCAUGCAGGAUAGCAAGAUCAACUCGACUCUCAAGAUCAGCAUCCUGAUGAUCCAGGUCGACGGCGAGCGCAACUACGUCGCUCCGCCGCCAAAAUCGGUCCCCUUUUUUGGCGGCAUCGCUGGCCUCGUUUCAGGCGACGCAUUCGAACCUGUGGAUACCGGCGCAAAUGCACCGGGUCACGCGCCGUCCUCGUUCACCGGCAAGUUCCGCGACAUGUUUGAGAUCCAGGACAUGUACCGCCGGGCCCUGGCCGCAAGCUGGGCGAGCCAGCCCGGCGAGCUCCCUGCAGACCAAUGUAUCGAAGACAUCUUUGCCGGUGGCGAGGGCUUUGGGGCACCCCCAAAGUCCCACACACGCGGACACUCACGGCAUCAAACCGCCGUUGCUGGUCACGACAGGGGCGGUCCUGGCACGGACGACACGGCUCCUGCUCCCAGAAGGUCCCUGCCGCGGGACAACAGCGGCUCCGUGUCGGACGACGAAGACAACGGCGACACGAUGGGCACCCUCCGGCCGCGCGACCUGGCGCGGCUGCGGUCCCACAUCCGCGACCACAGCGUCGCCAGCGAUCGCAGCACAGCGACCGUCCUCGGUGCGGAGCGCGACUUGGAUCGCGAAUCGAGCCGCGCCAUUGGCCUUGGUGGUAAUGGGCCGUCGCUUCGAGAGCCGUUCCCGCUGUUUCCGCCGCUUCACCGGCGUGAGGACAGCAAGAUCACGCACGACGGCGGUGGGCUGCGGAGCCGCAGUUCGAGCUUGAUCAGCCUCGCGACCACGAUUGGAAGUGAGAGGGACAGGGGAAGAGACGGGUUCAAGCGGGCGAAGGAGGUGGAUGAGUUUGAGGUGCGGGAAGACCUGGUUGCCUGGACGGUCCCGGAUAAUCAGUUCAGGUAAUGACGAGGCUUCGGGCGGCGGGGAGUUUCUGGAUUGCAUUGUAGUUUGCUGAGCUUGGAGACGGGCGCCGCGGAAUAUGGGAAUUCGUGGGCGAUAUGACGGGCGCCUGGGCGGUGACGAACGGACCCAUCGCCUUGCAGACUCCGUGUUGAGCACUAGGUUCGUCCCUCCGCUUUGAGCUGAAUGGUAUCGUGUCUCAAGUCCCAUUGACCC